GGCUGGGGCAUAAAGGCUGUUGUCUAUUGCUGGUUUAGUCUCACUGUGGCCACUCCAUCUGGCUGACACUUCAUAAACACGCGGUCAUGACGGCCAUCAGAGUGCUAGUGGUGAUGGUGAUGGCAGUGGCUGUGACCAGCGCCUUAGGCCCUCACACAGGUUACCAGCAGGCUAGGAGCUACGCCCUCGGUCCUUUCAGAAGUCAACAGGUCCGGUAUUACGCUCGAGGUCCUAACAUAAGCCGUAACUACAGACGGAAGUGGAGAUGUCCCCGUCAGAUCUCCUGUCCCGCGUCUAACCCUUACUACAACCCCUGCUGCCGCCCUCCACCCCCUCUACCCCCUUGGUAUCCGACAUAUCCACCCACUUUACCACCAACUCCUCCACCCACUUUACCACCAACUCUUCCACCCACUUUACCACCAACUCCUCCACCCACUUUACCACCAACUCCUCCACCCACUUUACCACCAACUCUUCCACCCACUUUACCACCAACUCCUCCACCCACUUUACCACCAACUCCUCCACCCACUUUACCACCAACUCUUCCACCCACUUUACCACCAACUCCUCCACCCGCUUUACCACCAACUCCUCCACCCACCUGGUAUCCAACUUAUCCGUCAACUUAUCCACCUACACCUCCACCCACUUGGUAUCCAACUUAUCCGCCCACUUACCCACCUACACCUCCACCCACCUACGUUCCACUUCCACCAGUAUAUCCACCACAGCCUCCACUACCGUGCGGCGGACCCUUCGUCCCGUGUGGUUGCCCAGCCUUGCCUCCCACACCUCCGCCUAUCUGCCCUCUCCUGGCCGCAGCCGCCGCCCGUGGGAGACGAGCUAAGCGAUCCACGAGGCGGAGAUGUUUCGUGAACGGUCACUGCCCAUCCGGUUACUCAUGUUGCUCGAAUGGCUGUCCCCACCACUCAAAACUGUGUAUCCCAAGCACCACCACCACACCACCCUCACGCCCACGCCAGGUGAAGGUGAGCGUGAUCAUGACCUCAGCGUGUAGUGACACUAUCAACUUUUUCAAGAACUAUUUGCUGCCAGCCACCACCGCCCUCAACAACAGCCUUCACGUGGAGCUGAUACCUUACGGCAAACUGAACCAGAACGGAGGAUGCCAGUUCGGGUACGGUGACUGUCUGGGUAACUGGAUAAUAUCUUGUGCUGGUCACCACCUGGGAGAGAACCAGCUGGAUCAUCUCUCCUUCACCAGCUGCCUCAUUCAACACAACCACGUCCUCAGAAACUCUAACUUUAAAAACAUUAUGUCGACUGUUGUUCAGUGUGCUAACAGUCACCCGGACAAGAUAGAUGCUCUGCAUAGAUGUUCAGUGGGCAUGGAGGGUUACCAGCUAUUCCAAGAUGCUGGCAAACGUCAACAACAGCUGGCUCCUGUACUAAAACAGUUGCCUAUGGUGGCUCUAGACGAGGUACUGGUGAUAAGAAGCCCAGAGGAGCUGCAGAACUUCCAUCAGCUGCUGUGUGACCGUCUGCAGGGAGAAACCGAAGCCCAGGCCUUCUGUCGGGGAGUCCUCGCCCGCAGACAGAACCUUGGUCCCUCUUAAGAGAAUCCACACUUUUGAGGGGUUGACACACACUAAUUAGCUCCCUUACUUACCUUGACAUCUGCUGGUUAGUCUUCUUACCUAUUAUCUUGUUCUUUGAUCAGGUUUUGUUUACCUUUCACUAAAGUGUAACAAUUUAACCUAACUUAAGUGUAAACCUAACUUAAUCUAUCCAGAGCCUAACUUACUUAACCUAUUGUAAUCAGUUCUUAGUCUAAAUUUCAUCCUGACUUAACCUAACCUAACAUAACCUUACCUAUCAAAGGGCUAAACGUACACCAUUAUGUCCAAUGUAACCAAACCUAACCUAACCUCUCCUAAACUUAAACUUAACCAAAGUUUUCGUGUGUCUGUGUGUCUUUGUGUCUGUCUUCUGUUAUGACUGUUUCAUUGGUGUGUCUGUUACUAUGACGACAUUUUUUGAUCAUACUGUAUCAUGUAACCUGAAGGAAAGAGCUGUUGUCAAGUCUGUAGUUACUGUAGUCUGUAUCUUUGUUUACGUGCUUUUGUUUUUGUAUCCCAUUUAUUGAUGACAUUCUGUAAUAAAACCAUAAUUAUUGUUA